AUGCGACGCUCUCUCUUUUUGCUAUCUCUCAGCGUCUUGAGCGGUGUUGUCAAAGCCGUCGUAGGUCCCGGAGUCGUUACAGGUAACACCGCAGUCCACGACCCUACUAUGUGCAAAGACGAUAAAGGAACCUAUUAUGUCUUCUCGACUGGUGUAGGCAUAGAGAUUCGUACUUCUCCAGAUAGAACAGCCUGGACCCUUGCCGGGUUAGUUUGGCCUAAUGGUGCGAGCUGGACAGAUCCUUACACUGGUACUACUAAUGGUGCACUUUGGGCGCCUGAUUGCACAUAUCUGGAUGGUCAAUUUUACCUUUAUUAUGCGGCUUCCACAUUUGGAUCACAAAAUUCGGCUAUUUUUUUCGCUAAAUCGACGACUGGUUUACCUGGAAGCUUCACUAAUGAAGGUCUUGUCACCUCGACUUCCGCUGGAGCCUCUUAUAACGCCAUUGAUCCCAAUUUACUCGUUGUGGGGUCGACGUGGUUCCUUUCUUUGGGUAGCUUUUGGACUGGAAUCAAAGGUCAACCCCUCGGAAGUAGCACCGGGAAACCUACGACCACAGCAGUAACGGCUCUUGCUCAACGAUUCGUCAACAGCGAUGCCAUCGAGGCCAGUGUCAUCUAUCAAUUUGGCAGCUUCUACUAUUUGUUCACCUCUUGGGACCUUUGCUGCCAAGGAACGUCGAGUACAUAUAAUAUUCGUGUGGGCAGAUCCACGGCAUACAAUGGUGGAUACGUCGAUGCUAGUGGAGUGGCACUAACCGACGGCGGAGGAACUCUUGUUCUCGGAACCCAUGAUUCGAUUGUUGGCCCCGGAGGUCAAGAUUUGAUGACGGACGCUGACGGACCAAUAUUGGUUUAUCACUAUUACACGUCUGCUGGAAGCUUCCUCGGUAUCAACAGAUUGGACUUCUCUUCUGGCUGGCCUGUGAGUUCAGACGUUCAUAAGAUGCUUUUUUUGAACUGA